AUAUUGAUAAGCCACACUGAAGAGUGUGAUUUGGUCACACACACUAAGCACACAAAACAAGAAAGAUAUUUGGAAGUUCUAAAAGGAUAAAUCUUGUUUUCUUUUCCCUCCUAAUUGAAAAAAAAGAGGGCUUUAGAGUUUUAGAAGAACGAACAUUCGACGACGAAGAAGAGCUAACAAUAAUGAAUCGCGUUACUGAAAGCAUUGCGUCUACGGCGAUUCUGGUGGGGUUGGUGUUUCUCUUUUCGUGGAGAUCUAUCGACGCCGCGAAUGUAUCCUACGACCACCGUUCUCUCUCCAUCGGCAAUCGCCGUCAGCUCAUUAUCUCCGCCGCCAUUCACUAUCCGAGAAGCGUUCCAGCUAUGUGGCCAUCACUUGUUCAAACAGCAAAAGAAGGAGGCUGCAACGCAAUCGAGUCUUAUGUGUUUUGGAAUGGCCAUGAGCCAUCUCCUCGAAAGUAUUAUUUUGGUGGCAGGUAUAAUAUUGUGAAGUUCAUCAAGAUUGUUCAGCAAGCUGGAAUGCAUAUGAUUCUACGAAUUGGUCCUUUUGUUGCGGCCGAGUGGAAUUACGGGGGAGUCCCGGUUUGGCUGCAUUACGUGCCAGGAACAGUCUUCAGGGCGGAUAAUGAGCCAUGGAAGCAUUACAUGGAGAGUUUCACGACGUAUAUAGUAAACCUGUUGAAAAAAGAGAAGCUUUUCGCACCACAGGGCGGUCCAAUAAUCUUGUCUCAGGUGGAAAACGAGUACGGGUAUUAUGAAAAGGAUUACGGAGAAGGAGGGAAAAGGUAUGCUCAAUGGUCUGCUUCUAUGGCUGUUUCACAGAACAUUGGUGUUCCAUGGAUGAUGUGCCAGCAAUGGGAUGCCCCUCCGACUGUGAUUAGUACCUGCAAUGGCUUUUACUGUGACCAGUUCACACCUAAUACACCAGAUAAACCCAAGAUUUGGACUGAGAACUGGCCUGGAUGGUUUAAAACUUUUGGAGGCAGAGACCCUCACAGACCAGCAGAGGAUGUAGCUUACUCUGUUGCUCGGUUUUUCGGGAAAGGUGGAAGUGUUCACAAUUACUACAUGUAUCACGGAGGAACGAAUUUUGGACGUACUUCAGGAGGACCUUUUAUCACUACAAGCUAUGACUAUGAAGCUCCGAUCGAUGAGUAUGGAUUGCCUAGAUUACCAAAAUGGGGACACCUUAAGGAUCUCCACAAAGCUAUAAUGCUCUCUGAAAACUUGCUAAUCAAUGGCGAGCAUCAAAAUUUUACAUUAGGCCAUUCACUCGAGGCUGAUGUGUACACAGACUCUUCGGGAACUUGUGCUGCGUUUCUGUCAAACUUGGAUGAUAAAAAUGACAAGACGGUGAUGUUUCGAAACACGUCAUACCACUUGCCUGCUUGGUCAGUUAGCAUUCUACCUGACUGCAAGAACGAGGUUUUCAACACAGCAAAGGUAACUUCGAAGUUCUCCAAGGUUGAAAUGUUACCUGAAGAUUUGAGAUCUUCAUCAGGUCUUAAAUGGGAAGUGUUCUCUGAGAAACCGGGUAUUUGGGGAGAAGCAGACUUUGUGAAAAACGAACUUGUCGAUCAUAUUAACACCACAAAGGACACAACUGACUAUCUUUGGUACACAACAAGUAUAACAGUCAGUACUAAUGAAGAGUUCCUAAAGAAAGGAAGUCCUCCUGUUCUGUUUAUUGAAUCAAAGGGACAUACUCUUCAUGUUUUCAUAAACAAAGAGUACUUAGGAACUGCGACAGGGAAUGGGACUCAUGUGCCUUUCAAACUCAAGAAAUCAGUUGCUCUCAAAGCGGGCGAAAACAAUAUUGAUUUGCUUAGCAUGACUGUUGGUCUUUCGAAUGCAGGAUCCUUUUAUGAAUGGGUUGGAGCUGGACUUACAAGCGUCUCAAUCAAAGGUUUCAACAAGGGCACAUUAAAUUUGACAAACAGCAAAUGGUCCUACAAGCUCGGCGUGCAAGGAGUGCAUCUAGAACUGUUCAAGCCAGGUGACUCCGGGGCUGUGAAAUGGACGGUGACUACGAAACCUCCAAAGAAACAGCCUUUGACUUGGUAUAAGGUUGUGAUAGACCCACCUUCUGGGAGUGAGCCGGUGGGGCUUGAUAUGAUGAGUAUGGGAAAAGGCAUGGCAUGGUUAAACGGGGAAGAGAUAGGAAGAUAUUGGCCCAGGAUAGCAAGAAAGAGCACCCCGAAUGAUGAAUGCGUAAAAGAAUGCGAUUACAGAGGCAAAUUCAUGCCGGAUAAAUGCCUAACUGGAUGUGGAGAGCCAUCUCAGAGAUGGUAUCAUGUUCCAAGAUCAUGGUUCAAGUCUUCCGGGAAUGAGCUGGUGAUCUUCGAGGAGAAAGGAGGCGAUCCCAUGAAGAUAACGUUGUCCAAAAGGAAAGUUUCAGUUGUGUAAGCAAAGAACAAGUUAAAAGAUGAUGAUGCAAAACAUGUGAGAUCUGGGAUUCAAAGGAAGAGAUAUUUUGUAUUUCUUUUUGUUAAGUCCAAAACGAUAAAACAAAAUCCCCAUUUAUUUAACUUAACACAGUUUUCAUCAUCACAAGCUA